AUGAAGUUCUCUCUCCAGUCUCUCGUCGGCGCCUCAGCCCUGCUGGCCUCUGCUGCUGAUGCCCAGCAGCUCGCCUUCCCCGGAGCCGAGGGUUUCGGCCGAUUCGCUACUGGCGGUCGCACUGGCAGCGUCUACAAGGUGACCAACCUGAAUGACUCGGGUGCCGGAUCCCUUCGUGAUGCCGUUUCACAGCCCAACCGCAUCGUCGUUUUCGAUGUGGGUGGCGUCAUCGACAUCAACGCGCGCAUUGUUGUGUCCGCCAACGUCUACAUUGCUGGCCAGACCGCACCAGGUGACGGCAUCACCGUCUACGGCAACGGCUUCUCCUGGUCAAACGCACACAAUGCCAUCACCCGGUACAUCCGCAUCCGCAUGGGCCGCGGCGGCGACAGCGGCAAGGACGCCGUCACCAUCGCCGAAGGCCGGAACAUGAUCUUCGACCACGUCUCCGUCUCCUGGGGCCGUGACGAGAACUUUUCCGUCAGCGGUAGCGCUGUUAAUAUUACCGUGCAAGACACCAUCAUCGCCCAGGGGCUGCAGACCCAUUCUUGCGGCGGCCUGAUGGAGACCGAGGGCGGCGUGUCCCUGUUCCGCAACCUCUACGUUGACAACAACACGCGCAAUCCCAAGGUCAAGGGCCGUAACGACUUCCAGAACAACGUCAUUUACAACUGGGGUGUCGGCGCCGGAUACAUUGCUGGCGACAGCGCUGGGCCUAGCUGGGUCAACAUUGUCAACAACUACUUUGUCUCGGGCCCCAGCACCGGCCGCAGCCCCUUCACCCGCGGCAACGAGAACUUCCAAGCCUACGUUCUCAACAACUACUACGACGCUGACCGCGAUGGCGUCCUCGACGGCACUCCGCUCUGCAUGACCACAAACUGCUACUCUCCCCUCGUCUUCGCCCCGACACCCUUCCCCUAUCCCGGCCCCGCCAAGCUCCUCACUCCACAGGAGUCUAUCGAACACGUCGCCGCCCGAGCCGGCGCGUCACUCCGCCGCGACGCCGUUGACAAGCUCCUUGUUAGCGAGCUGCGCAGCUACGGCAAGUCGGGAAAGCUCAUCUCCGACGAGGCCGAGAUUGGCGGUGUCGGUGAGGUUGCCGGUGGGACGGCGCCUGUGGAUACCGAUGGCGAUGGUAUUCCCGAUGCGUGGGAGAGGGCGAAUGGGCUGAACCCCAAUGACGCCAAGGACGCCUUUGCCAUCGGAGCUGGCGGCUGGACGAACCUGGAGAACUACGUCAACUCGCUGGUGCCCGGAACGUAUGCGUAG